AUGCAAGAAUGUGGACACUCUGGUUGUCUUCCCGAACAGCACACGGCUCCGUUUGUCUUAAAGGCAAAGCAGGCAGAAGCAGCACUGAAACAGCUAGAUCAGAACAAGGCCACGGGCCCGGAUGGGUUUCAUCCAGCAAUCCUGGGGCCCAUUGCUUACAUCCUUGCAGGUGCGCUGGCUCAGCUUUUCAACCGAUUUCGUGCCUCAGCAACGCUGCCGGCCGAAUGGACCACAAUGGUGGGUCAAGGGCGGCUGCAUCGAACUAUCGUCCAGUAA